UUGUGCCACAAUCACUCCGAAUGACGUGGAGCUAGGUUAGGUUACCCUUCGGUGGCAGGAUCGCUGCCCAAUAUUUAUUCACCAUAAACACUCAAUAUAUUUCGUAGAAAAGGAGAAUCUAAUUAAUUGUAAAUAUGUUCGAGAUCACUGACACGCAGAAAAUUGGAGUGGGUCUCGCAGGUUUUGGAAUGUUCUUUCUUUUCCUGGGGGUCCUUUUGCUGUUCGACAAGGGACUUCUGGCCAUAGGAAAUCUUUUAUUCAUAUCUGGUCUGGGCUGUGUCAUAGGCCCAAAAAGAACAUUCAGUUUCUUCUUUCAAAGGCACAAAAUGAAGGCCAGUAUUGCAUUUUUGGGUGGAGUUAUAAUUGUCCUUAUUGGAUGGCCAAUUGUUGGAAUGAUCUUCGAAAUUUACGGUUUUGUACUUCUCUUCAGUGGAUUUUUACCAGUAGCUAUAAACUUCCUCCGCAGAGUUCCCAUCCUCGGGACUUUCCUAAAUAUGCCAGGAAUUAGCAGAAUCCUCGACAUGCUGGCUGGUGAUUCCAACAGGACAACAGUAUGACCAUCUCCCUAAGAAAAAUUAUCUCUAAAGCACACUGUAAAUAAUCAACAUGCACCCUCACCUCAUAUCACCCAUUUAUUUCUCUCUCAUUCCAUUUCUAUUGCACUUGAAAAAUUUUGUAUCGAUUGUGAAAAACAGAAUGGAGAUAUUCGAUGCCAAUUACGUGUAAGUGUUCAAUGUUCGUCGUUUAAUUUAUGCGGCCAUCUCAAAUCCGGAGACUAAAUCGCGUUGUCUGCGUACCUUGUAUUUGUAUUUGACAGAAAAUAUUCAGUGAAAAACAAAGAAGAAUACAGUGACUGUAAAGAUACGAAAGAAUAUUAAAAAAAUGAUGAGUGAAAUUGAGAA